UUUGAGCCAGUUUUCUUCCAUACGAGAAUUCUCUUUAAAAUAAAUCACAAUACCAGACUUCCAACCUACAUCAUCUUAAACACAGAAUCGGUAAAAAUAGCUGCACAGUGACCAACUUAGUUAUUAUUUCCUCUAGCAAACCCUUAACCAAUGCGAUUUCGCAGCCAGAUUGCCUAACCAAAGCUAAAAAAAACUGGCAUCGGCUUGAUCAACAGAUUGAAGAUCUAUUAUCUCUUAAGUACCAUGGCAGUUCCACCGAAGAAGACCACCAAUCUGCCGUCGAAAGCGGUGAGAAAUGUAGUCCCGCGCAAAAACGAGGUGCUGUCCAUCAGGAGCCUGCUGAGCUUUUUGAACAGCACCCUAGACUGCGAAUUGCGGAGCAUGGAUGAUCUGAAAACAGGAGCAGUCUACUGCCAACUGAUGCACAAACUCUACCCCGAGACGAUACCAAUUAGGAAAGUCAAGUUUUAUACGAACAACAGAAGCGACUUUGAGGCGAACUUCCGAUUGCUGAACACUAGCUUUGAAAAGCUGAGAAUAACGCGGUAUAUGACGACGGAGGAGUUAAUUUUGGGACACAAUCAAGUGCACUUCUGCAACUGGAUGUACAAGUUCUUUCAAGCGAAUGACAUCGGCACGGAAUACGAUGCCAAAAAGGUGAGAAAAGGCUCGCAAAUCGGACUAAGCAAAAGAAUUGAGGUAACCCCUUUCUCAACUGGCAGCAUGAAUCCUAUGCACAAGUCCCAGUCGAUGGUCUUUAAUUACGCUAGAAAUCCGGCCAAAUUCGAGAGGCGAAAUAGCCUAGAUAUUCAAGUGUCCAGGCCGAGCAUCUUUAAAAAUAUUCAGCAGGAAAAGCAAACCAAACAGCCGAAUCCAAAACCAUCGCAGAAAAAGAAAAUCUCAAAGACGUCGCAAUUCCUCGCCGAAAGCAAGAACGUUUCGCUGCCUUUGGAAAGCGAAGACGAGUUGGAACUAUGUGCCCAGAAAUGCUAUUUCCAGAAUCAGUUUGCGAAAAAACUUUAUAACUCAAACACCCAAGCCUUUCCAAAGCACUGUCCACAAAUCCACCAAUCGAAGUGUGGGAACGCUGCAUGCGAAUACUGUGAGCGGGAAACUGGGGAUCUGCGAUCCCAGGUACAAAACCUACAGAGUGCCAAUGAAAGGCUGAACCAAAAGUUGAAGGGUGUGGAGCAUAUAUUGAACAAAUACACCAGUAACCCAUCGGUAGCCGUUCGCAAAUUAAAUGAUUUGUUCCAGCAGAGUCCACAGGUGUCAGAGGUGUCUUCGCGGAGAAGCUCAAGAGAUACAUAUACUGUAGAAGGAUUCGCCAAGGAUCAAUUGCAUACACGGGACAGCGAAGAAUUCCACACUUGCAAUGAAUUUUCCCCUAAUCGGUUAACGGACAAAGACGCGACGAGUCUACAUCCUGGACACGACGAGCAUGCCCUUCGUUCCAAAUGCCAUUACCCAUCUAAGGGAUCGAGAAAUAUAUGUAAGAAAAGACUCAAGAUGCAUUGCCAAAACUGCGGGGCGAGUCCCAUUUUGUUUUGAGUACGUGAAAGUAGGCAUCUGAACUUCAAAAUGGCUUUUAAAUGACAGUCAAGGAAUGACUUCAUCAGAUAAUAAGUUGAUUUUAAUACUUAACUUUAUACAAAAAAUAUAGAAAAAAGUUGCUGCAAAAUUUGGUUCCGAACGAUUGGAAACAAAUUAAAAGGAUUUUGUAUUUUCUGAUUUCAAAUUGAAACUCUUUGAUCAUUAAAAUUUUGAAAGUAAA